AUGCCCUCUAUCACUCACGAUGUGAAUAGAACUUUGGACAACAUCACACGCCUAUCUGGUCUUCCAGUAGGACUAGAACCUAGAGACCUGCAGAGGCAGGCUGACCCCAACCCUACUAUUCCAUAUAUGCAUUUCGCUCCUGUUGGAAGCACAGUCUCUUUGAGGAAAGGCCUCGAUAGUGCCACAGAGACGACUGCUGGAGGCGCCCCACGACAACCAGUGAACCAUUAUGGCACCAUUCGUUGUGCUUAUCCAAGUGAGAUCGCACAUACACGGAUGAUGUCUGAAAUGCGAGAUAAUAGAGCCGUGAUCAGGAAACAAAUAAACGUACUUAAUGAACGAGACGAAAACUUACAGCCCCCCGAACAGACCGCGCCUCGGAACCAGGUGAUGAACACUCUGAAAUUUAUAAACGACAACCUUGCCCAAAGCUAUGAUUAUUUGAAUAAUGUCGAUUGCAACAUCGGUGAACUAUUGGUUACUUCAGAUAUAGGUAAUCACCGAGGCCAUCAUCUUGAUUGGGCAUUGGUCUCGUUGCGCGAAGAUCGGUUUCUCGCAGACGCGGCAAAUAUGGUCCCCAAUAUUCUGACACGAACUGAGACGACCAUCCAAUUAAGAGACUGGGUCGACGAGCCUCUAGGUGGAAACAAGGUUCAUAAAGCGAAGUACGGCAACCAUAUCGAGGGUGUGAUUAAUCCGCCGCUCAGUUAUGUGCGUUUCAAAAACAGCGAUGGAACUGCAUAUAGGACGACUGAACGGGCAAUUGUUCCCAGCAUGCCCUACAAGGUCUUCAGCGAGCUGGGCGACUCGGGAACUUGGGUUAUCCAUCGCCUUGCCAAUGCUCUCGUUGGAGUAAUAUGGGGCGGCAACACUCGUCUUGGUAUAUCCUAUAUUACCCCAAUUAAGCAUAUCACUGAUGACAUUACGCGUAAUACUGGCUGUAGGGUCCAACUUCCGAAUGGGAAGGAAAUUUAG